AUGGAGUGCGAGGUGGACGCGCUGCUGGCGCUGCGGGCGCAGGUCAACAAGCAGCUUGGGGAGGCCGGCGUGAAGCUCAGCGUGAACGACUUCAUCGUAAAGGCGGCCGCCCUCGCGCUGCGCAAGGUCCCCGCUGUUAACGCGAGCUGGAUGGGCGACUUUGUGCGGGUGUACCACAACGUAGAUGUCAACGUGGCCGUGCAGACGCCGGGCGGCCUCAUGGUGCCGUUUGUGGCGGACGCUGACUCGAAGGGCCUCGCCGCCAUCAGCGCGGAGGUCAAAGGGCUCGCCGCCAGGGCCAAGGCCGGCAAGCUGCAGCCCGCCGAGUUCAUGGGCGGCACCUUCACCAUCAGCAACCUGGGCAUGUAUGGCGUCCGCCAGUUCGCGGCCAUCGUCAACCCCCCACAGGCGGCCAUCCUCGCGGUCGGGGCGAGCUCGCCCAAGGUGGUCAAGGCCGCCGACGGGGGGUACAAGGAGGUGCAGAGCAUGCUGGUGACGCUGAGCUGCGACCACCGGGUCGUGGACGGCGCGGUCGGCGCGGAGUGGCUGCAGGCGUUCAAGGGGCUCGUCGAGGCGCCCCUCACGAUGAUGGUGUGA